GAAGCAGUAGCAGCAGAAGCAGCUUCGCACUCGUGCGCGUGUGUGUCACUGGAUGCUGCAGGAAAACGUUGGCUGCAGCCGCUUAAUUGGUCUGCGCUUUGAAGAUGUGUGCAACCGGGCGUCGACGAGGGUUUUGCCUCGCCGCUCUCGUCUCCCGCUUCCGGCUUCCGGCGAGAGCGGGUGAGGGGGGCGAGUACGGCGCAACGGCUGCGGGCUCUUUUGCGGGGUGAUAUGAGCGCGCGAAGUCAACGUGGCCGUCGACAAGCUCGGGGUGCGCGCUGCGAGUUCACUCACCGCCGGUGGUCAGCGAGAGUCGAAGAUGGGUGCCGUGACCUCGCCUCGGGAGGCUGUUCUUCAGCUGGAGCCGCUCAUGUGCCCCUCCAGCGAGUGUGACCCAAAGUCGGCGCAGGUGCAGGGUCGUCAACAGAUGGAGGAGGACAGGCGAGCGCUCACCGCCUCCGAUGGCCGGUCCCCGUGGCGCGCUCGACUUGUGCUGUCCGUGUGCUCGGCGUGCAUGAGCGGCGCGUCGUUCGGUCUCACGCUCAGCUACUCGUCGCCGGCGCUGCCUGACAUCCGACGCCGCAUGCCCUUCAGCGACAGCCAGAGCGACUGGUUCGGUUCCCUGGUCACGCUCGGGGCGCUCUUCGGAGGACUCGCUGGAGGCCAGCUGGUGAAUAGGCUGGGCCGCAAGGACACCAUCAUCUUCUCGUCGCUUGGUUUCGUGAUCGGCUUCCUGUUGAUCGAGGUGUCGCCACUGCCGAACGUCAUGUUCCUGGGUCGCUUCCUGACGGGCCUGUCCACGGGGAUCACCGCGCUGGCGGUGCCCGUUUUCGUCUCGGAGGUGAGCCCGCCCCAGAUACGCGGCGUGCUCAACACCCUGUGCACCAUCGCCGUCACCUCGGGCGUGUUGAUGGCCUACGUGCUGGGCAAGUGGCUCGACUACCAGUGGCUCGCCACGGCCUGCAUCGUGCCCUCGGUCAUCGUGGUGAGCACCAUGCCGUUCGUGGCAGACUCGCCGAGGUGGCUGAUUCAGAGGGGACGCUCCGAGGAGGCCCUCAAGGCGCUGGAGUUCUACGAGGGAGCGGAAUGGGCCCGCGAAGAGUUCGACAGCCUUCAGGCAGCGGGAACAGUGGUCGAGCCGUUCUCGUUCGCCGAUUUCAAGCUUCCCUACAUCUACAAGCCCUUCCUGUGCGUAUUGCUCGGCAUGUUCCUGCAGCAGUUCUCGGGCAUCAGCAUCAUGCUGUUAUACACGCAAGACAUCUUCGAGUCGGCCGGUUCGACCAUCGAGCCCAUCGACUGCACCAUCAUCGUCGGAGUUGUCCAAGUGGCCAGCGGCAUCGUGGCCACGCUGGCUAUUGACCGCUUGGGUCGCAAAAUACUGCUGCUUGGGUCGUGCUUCCUGUCCUCCGUCAGCCUGGUCCUCCUUGGAAUCUCGUACCACUUCAAGGGCACUCAGGGCCAGGCGUUCCUCGAUUCGUACGGCUGGCUCCCGCUGCUUGCUCUCUGCGGCUUCAUGGUCGGCUACUCGGUGGGCCUUGGGCCGCUGCCGUGGAUGUUAAUGGGCGAGAUGCUGCCACUGCGCGUCAAGGGCUUCGCCACCGGUGCGUCGACUGCCUUCAACUUCGGCUGUGGCGCCCUGACCGCCAGGGAGUACCACAGCACCAUGCGGCUGCUCGGGAACGACGGAAUCUACUGGUUUUACGGCGCAGUCAUGGCCCUCGGCUUCGUCCUGGUGCUAGUGUUUAUUCCCGAGACCCGCGGCAAGACUCUGGAGGAGAUUGAGGUGCUGUUCGGCAAAAGUUCUAACACCUCCACGGAUUCGAGAGAACAGCCAGGCCUCGUGAACGCGUAGCGAGUGGCUCGUGCUUAGGAACUGGCAACCCCUUUUCCGGACGCUCAUUAUUGUUGUAUUUUAUUGCGUAUUUGUUACGGACAUUGAGUGGAAUGAAUGCGUUUGUGUAGAGUCCCGACCGCGGUUCGCUAAUUUUUGCUGGGGGAAGUUCAUCCACUUGACCGGCUUGCGUUGUGGCGCGAGCCAUUUCACGUCGCGUGUUAAUGAGAUUAACCAAGGAAUCUGUGCUUAUUGUACCGGCUAAAGUAAUCAUUCUAGACGAUAUACGAUUUUGAAAUAUCAGUCUCAUUUUUUGGUUGUGGGGCAUCUCGCUAUCUCAUGGUUGAACAUUCGUUCAUGACAGCUGUGUUUCAUUUAAACUAUUUCUUCCCCGCAUGUUCCGAUUGACUACUGUAAAAGAGUUAAGAAUUCUUCAUUAUAAACUUGCAAGCGAACCAAACGCUGCCUGCUACAGCGAAACUUCUUACAGUAAAGGGCAAGUAAGGUGUAGUGAUACAAAAGCGAGGGACAGUUCAGUGAUCAGUCAGCACACAAGUUCAGCAAGGCAUUUUUAUUUUAUGCUAGUCUUGUGAACUUUCUUGGCUGCCGGUCAUUCAGCUCUGUGUCGUGAAAUUGCUAUUAUCAUCAGUAACAAGUGGAAGCGAUUUCCCUAGCCCCCUGACGAACUAUAUGGCUUCCUCUUUUCAGUUGAAUUCAAUGGUGGGCUUCAAGUAUCAAGUAUAUUGCCGUGGCUCCAUCACGAGCAACGAUUUUCUGUGCACCUUAUACGAUUCUGUGAGGACUGCAUGCGUAAAAGCCGCCAUGUAGGAACAGGGUCAUUAACAUGCCGAGAGAAGUAGGGACUCUGCAGUCCAUUGAAGGCAGCGGCGUCUGAUUGUGCUCCCGAUUCCUGUGCCGAAGGUAUUCCAUGCCGUCAACAACGCAUUCACUUCAUUUUCUGAGUCACUUGACUGAAACAUCAUUCACACAACACGUUUUUGUCAUUGAACCCUUAGUUUUCUGUGCCUUCAUAAGGUGUGCUCAAUCCUUUGGGUCCCAUCAAAUAGUGUUCGAAAUUCUUAUGUUUGAUAUAAGAAUGUGCGUGAAUGUUUUCGUAUGGUGGUGUUUCUGCAUUUUCAGCCGAAUUUCUACCUCAUUGCUCAUUUCGAACUGUUUUAUUUUCACUAAUUGAGCCAUUGUUUCAUUGUUUCAUUUAUUUACAAUAAAGGACAGGCAUACCCACGA